AUGUAUUGGCGAAAAUUGGGCUUCAGUGCUUUUGGCACGUUUCUAGGCGUCUCAGUUUACAAACGGCUAGAGAUUAAGAAUAACAUCUACAUACAAUCACCCAUUAAUUCCUAUGGAAGCAUCCAGAGCUUGGCCAGCAAGGUGUUUUCAACGUCUACAAGCACUUCGUCAAGGUCGUCCUUCAACUUCAAGCUUUUCAAUCUUGGAAUCUUGGGAUUGCUUCUCUUCAUUAACUUUGUCAAAUGGGCCAUCUUUGGUAAACUUUCACCUACCGAAAUCAGAAAUCUCAAACACAAGAUCAACUAUACCAUCUGGGAGUUUGCCUUUGGAUUCAUGAUCUUCUAUGUAAAGUCACGAUCGAUCGGAUUGCAAGUAAUUCAGAACGAGUUGUUCAAAUUUGCUGGCCUCUUCUUUUCUGUGCUUUUGCUUAAAUGUUUUCAUUAUCUUUCUAUAGACAGAGUCAGCUCCAUCUUCAACACAAAUUCCAACUCGCGGGCCGAGGUGAAGUAUCAGGGACUAAGACUCUUCGUUGGGCUCAUAAUUUUGGCAUUUAUUGACAACUUGUUGAUCUCUCGUUUCUUGUACGAAGUGUAUCAGAACUACUACUGGUCAGAUAAAAUGAUCGAGAUGUCGAAAGUAACACUCCAGGAAAACAUUUUGACAGCUAUCUUUGGAUUUGAGAUCUUGCACAUCGGGCCGUUAAUUUUCUUGACAAUCUUGAAGUAUUGCUUGGAUUUCUACGAAUAUUUCCACUUCCAUCUGGUGUGGCCCGAGGGCAAUGCUCCACUUACUACAGAAUUGGAGUUGAAUACCUGGAAAGAAACAAAGAUGAAGAUUAUAUAUGUGACAGAGUUCGUAGUGAAUUUGUUACGUUUCACCAUGCUCUGCAUAUUUUCCAUCGUCUUUUUAUCGCUUCACACUUUUCCCUUCCAUAUCUUGCCAUCUUCGUACUUGAGUUUGAGAGUUUUAGUGGUGAAAACAAGACAGUUGAUCAACUUCAAAAAGAAGCAGUUCACAUUGAAGAAACUUACGAUUCCCGCUACACUCGAAGACCACCUGGAGCA